AUGCAGGAUGCGUCUGUCCGGAUAUGGUUUGGCUCUUGGCGAUGCUCACUCAUGGGCAUUGGUGAGCAAGCUCUGCAGCGGCGGCGCGCCAGACCGCAGAUAUCUUCUACCGACCAUCUCAGCAGUAGUUUCCUAGACUACAGUCUCCACCAAGACCCCUCGGCGGCGGCAGGGCUCAGUCUCGAUCCCUCGAAUGCAGACUUCCUGUCGCCACUGCUCUGGUCCGGCAACUCUACUGGAGGUACAUAUGCUGCCCAAGACCCUCUGUCGUUUGGGCAAGCCUGGGAUACGUCGGGCGAGAAGUUUCCGUCUUCUGCCGUGCCCCCCCUCGAUCUCAACUUCAAUUUCGACCCUGCCCUGAUAGACGCCCUCCCUGAGUCUACAAAUAUCCCAGAUUUCUUCGUUGAUACUCCACGCCAUCUCAGCGCCAAUAUCCAUCACCCUCACAUGCUGACAUCACCUCGAACCCUCGACCCCAUCACUGCCACCAUCGCGCCCACUGCUGUUGUUCCCACUGCCACUGCCACUGCCACCGCCGCUACUUCAAGCGGAAGCAAGUCGCCAGCGUCCUCUCAGUCCGACGGCAGUCCGCGGCCUGUCGGCGCCAGUGGAGCCGGUCGACAGCCUGCCAGGCCGAUUGAAGACCCUGACAUCGUGCUCAAGCGCCAGCGCAACACCAUCGCGGCGCGCAAGUACCGACAGAAGCGCCUCGACCGGAUUCAGGAGUUGGAGGACGCCUUGGACAGUGUGACUCGUGAGAGGGAUGACUUGAAGCUUCGGCUUGCGAGGCAAGAGGCUGAAACGGCGGCUCUCAAGGAGAUGAUGCGGAUGAAUUCUGGGCAGUCCAGUGAUAGAAAUUGA